AUUUUUGUGGGAGUAAAAUAUAGUGUUGUCCAUUUAUACGUGAGCAGUGACAUAUCAGAAGAUGUUAAAAUAGGAACAACAAUUUGUACUUUUAAACAAGAAAUAUAGAACUCAUCUAUAAAACUAAAUGAGAUAAUAAGUCCUUGAAAGGAAAAAUUUAGAGAAUAAACACUGAUAAAAUGAUUUAUAAGUUAAUAUUUUUUCUUUUCAUUUUGAAAUUUUCGUAUUCUGACCAAUCAUUUUUGCAAAAAGUCGAUGAAGAAGAGCUUCUUGUGCUCAUUAGAAAUGAAAAUUAUGUGGUGGUUCUUUUCACCAAACCUAAUUGUGAAGCUUGUGAUAAAUUCGAAAGUGCUCUUAUCAAUAUACGAGAAGACUUAGUCGAUUCACUGAAUUGUUGGGUCGUAAAAGCAGAGAACAGCUACUUAGUUAAGUUAUAUAACCCGAGUAAAGAACCUUCACUUGUGUUUUUCCGCCAUGGGGUUCCUCUACUAUAUGAUGGCGAAAUCAGUGAAGACUUAAUAUUACAUGUAUUUUCUGAUAAUAAGGAUCCAGUUGUAAGGGAAUUAUCAGAUGACAAUUUUGAAUUUUUGACACAAGCAGCAUCUGGAGCAACGACUGGUGACUGGUUUAUUAUGUUUUAUACAAAUGACUGUGUUGACUGUCAAAGAUUACAAGCUCGCUGGGAAGCCGUCGGUGCUAAACUGAAGACUAGGUUAAACGUCGUUCGGAUCAAUAAAAAAACAUCUGCUGUAACUGCUAGAAGGUUUAAUAUCGCUGAAGUGCCUACGUUCCUAUUUCUCCGCUUGGGUAAGAUGUACCGUUACAACAUACCGAAAUAUGAUGUUCCAUCUCUUGUUGCAUUUGCGAGUGAUUGGUAUAAGAAUGCAAAAGCAGAAAAAGUCCCUCUUCCUAAAUCUCCGUUCGACGAUUUUGUGCAACAAGUUGUAGAUUUACUGAAAGAAUCUACCCCAAUUACUGGUUUAAUUAUCUUUUGUAUAUUUGCUGUUUUAAUUUUUGCAUUAUACGUAUCACUGCGUAAAACUCCUAAGCUGAAAGAAGUCGAUAAAAAAUACAAGGUGCUCAAAGAUAGUACGAAAUCUGAAAAACAGAAGAAAAGUAAAUGAAAAACUUGUUUAACUUAUUCUUGAUCCAAUGUUUUAUUUUUUUUAUUGAGUAAUCAUGUAUGUAUAAAGUUAUAUUUCAGGUAAUGUUAUUAAUUUUCAUAAUUUGAAUUUCUUUAUAAUAAAACAUCAGCUUUUUAUUUAUAUUUAUUUUUGAACAUUAAUUUAAAAAAACAAAAAAUAUCUGUAACAGAUCUUUAGUUUUAUAAAUAUUAUAAAUCCUUAAUGUGCGUGGUAGCGGCCGUAGAUUUAUAUUUUAAGUUAUGAAUUCUAUGAUUAUAUUUUUUAGUAAAUGCUUUCUUUGUGGUGUUUAUAGUGAAUGUAUAGUUUAAAUUAAGUAUUUUUUUAAUUAAAAUUAAAAUUUAUAUAGUAUGAACAAUUUGAAAAUUGAUUUUAUAUAUUUUAUUUUACUAUAAAAUCCACCAUUUUUAAAGAGCUCAAACUUAAUUAAAAUUAUUUUUAUAAUGAUGUGUAAAUUUUUGUUCCUUAUGAAAUUUUAAUUUUAAGGUACUUAACCAUAUUUAUCUUGUUAAUUUUAUUGUUAAGCAAAAUUUCGGUCAGUAUUACAUUCCAAUCAGUUAGGAUAAAAUAUUAUAUUGAAAAAUAAAUUUAUUGGUGUUUUAUAAGUUUUGUAUUGUGGAGGUCGUUUGAAAAGCACUAUAUCCAAUACAAAUAUGGAUUUGUAGAUUUCAGAUAAUUUUGCCAGAAUAAAAAAUUAAAAAACUUUUAAACUCUCUUAAUCUCAGUUUUAAAAUUUCACACAAAAGCUUUUUUAUUACUGACAUCAAUAAUUGUAAUUUAAUUUAAGUUACUUAUUUGUAACUUAACUAUGAACCGAAUUAAUUUUCAUUCACUAAAAUGUUCCUCAGUAAAUAUUUGUACUACUAUUUCAUUGAUGUAUAUAUUUUUUUUAUUGGUAUUCAGUGAAUGAAAAUUAGGGCACAUAGAAUUCAAGCGGAAAAUGGUAUAAACAACUAAAUGAAAUGUGGAUAGAUAUUUUUUUUUUAAUUAAACAAAAUUUUAUUUUUUAUUACGUUUUCUCUUUAUUUUUAUAAUAUAAAUUAAGUAAAUUGCUGCUGAUUAUAAAUACUUAAAAGUUGUAAUACUUUAUGAAUGAAUAAAUAUAUCUUUAUAUUUUUCUAA